AUGGAAAAAAUCUUCGUCAAAGAGUUGUUGGUGCUUUUCGUCCACCUUCUCGUAAAGAGGCAGCUCAGCAUAUCCGAUGUGUUGAACCCUUCGUCGCCUAAAUAUAUUGGAACCUAUGUGGAAGGGAAUGCAAAUGAAGGAAGGGAUCUGGCUAUGUAUAUAGAUGACGACAAUGAAAAGCAUGUUAUCAAAGGAAUUCUCAGAGAGAUAGUACUCAACCAAAUGGAUCCUAGCAAGAUUGAACUUUUCUGCUUCGGAGAGUACACCUAG